UUGACAUAUCUCAGGAUAAAACACACAGGAUGCAAAAACAGACAUGAAAGAAGUCUCUUUUUUUUCUGCCGUAACAUAGAUUGGUAUCUUGUCCACGUCUAAUGACCUCUCCUGUGGCUUGCAACUUUGGGAAAUGCUUGACAGUGGCUUCAUCUAAACAAAGCCAUCUCUGCCUCUGCUCCUGCUGCCCAUUGGCAUGGUGGCGGUAUAACAAAGGGGGAGGUCCAAACAAGCCCCCUCUCCUUCCUGCAUCAGAAGAUGUGUGCUCCUCUGAGUGGAAAGUGUUUGUGAACAAGUGCCGAGCCCUGAGCCAUUGCAGUCAGCUCUAAUUACCAGGCGCUUUGAGCAGCCUCCACCCCGACCGGACUCUGAGAGGCCUCUCCAUCCCAGGCGCAGCCGGCGAAGGGGAACUCUCAUGGAUCUCUUGAACGUGGAGGCCGGAGAGGCAAGGAGACGCAUGGACUCACCUGCUUGCGUGUUGGAACUGCUGGGGCUGCUGGUCUACGUCGGGGCAUGGCUCUGCGCUCUGGGCAGCACCAUCCUGCCGCAGUGGCUGACCAUGUCCACCUCUCUGCUGCCCACUGAGAGCUACGACUUGGGACUGUGGGAGACCUGCGUGGUCCAGGACAUCGGAGGCAUGGAGUGCAGGUCUUACGGCAGCCUGCUGGGCCUUUCCAGCGACCUCAAACUGGCCAGGAUCUUGAUGUGCACCGCCCUCACCGUGGGCUUGCUGGGAAUCGUGGUCUCCGUACCCGGACUCCACCUGAUCAACAGCUGCAAAGACUAUGAAGGCCACCGAACCAAGAGGACUCUGACCGUCACCGGAGGGGUGCUGGGGAUGAUGUCCGGGGUGCUCUGUUUGGUCCCCGUGUCCUACGUCGCCCAUUUGGCGGUGAUGCAUUUCUUUGACGAGAAGGUUCCCGAGGUGGUGCCUCGGUGGGAGUUCGGAGACGCCCUGUUCUGCGGCUGGGCAGCGGGGUUCCUCCUCGUGGUGGCCGGGCUGAUCAUGGUGACCUCCGCCUGGUGCUCCCAGGUGGAGCACCACCCUGCGCCACAGAGGAGGUGCCACGCCAAGAGAGACCGUGACCAAAGAAAACGCUCUGAGUACGUUUAACGAACGGAACCGCACGAUCACCCGUAGAGCUGCACUUCAAACUGCUUUGCACCAAUGAUGUCAAUAAUUUUUAUAUAUUAAAUGCAAGAUAAUAUGUAAUAGCUGAUCCAGCCAAAAAACACAAACAGGCUUUAGUUUGUAAUGUUUUAGCUCUUUCAAACACUCACAAGCACAAUCAGACGUCGCAUUGCAAGAUGACCUGCUGUGAUUAGUACAAGAGAAUUUUUUUGUAAAGGGAGGUUUUAGUAUUAUG